CUGCUAUAAAAGGUCUGGGAAUUUCUGGAAGCUUUGCAUCUGAGGCUGCUAGGGGAAAAGCGUCAGGAUGUUGACCAUCGCUCUCCUCGUCCUUCUCUGUGCCUCCGCCUCCGCCAAUUCCAUUCAGUCCAGGUCCUCCUCUUACAGCGGGGAAUACGGAGGGAAAGGAGGAAAGCGAUUCUCUCAUUCUGGCAACCAGCUGGACGGCCCCAUCACUGCCUUCCGCGUCCGAGUCAACAGAUACAACAUAGUAGGCCUCCAGGUGCGCUAUGGCAAAGUGUGGAGCGACUAUGCAGGAGGCAAACAGGGAGACCUGGAGGAGAUCUUCCUGCACCCCGGGGAGUCCGUGAUCCAGGUGUCUGGCAAGUACAACCGCUUGGUGAAGCAGCUGAUCUUCGUGACAGACAAGGGCCGCUACCUGCCUUUUGGAAAAAACUCGGGCACAAGUUUCAACGCUGUCCCCUUGCACCCCAACACCGUCCUCCGUUUCAUUAGCGGCCGGUCUGGCUCUGCCAUCGAUGCCAUUAGCCUGCACUGGGAUACCUACCCGAGCCACUGCAACACUUGCUGAGGCACACCUUCCUCUCUGACAGGGAGGCCAUGGUGGGCGUGAGAAACUCCCUUAGCACCGGGCCCCAUGCAAACACACAGAGCUUAAUAAAAGGAUGUGACUAAA